AUGCAACAGCGCAGGAGUCGGCGGCGUCGGCGUUGUCGUCAACACGAGUUGGCCCAUGAACAUCGAUUUAUUCGAACAGCUUACAACCCGAAUCGGGUGUUUACGACUAAAAAGAUCAAUGCCGGCUUGGAAAUCUUCGUCGUCAACACGCCGACAUCAAACUAUGACGAAGAAAAAGUCGAAACGUUCCAUAUGGAUUUGCAGAAGUUUUACAUAGAAGACCAUACAUUCUUCAAGGUCAUCAUUGGUGAUUUUAAUGCUAUAAUUGGACCAAGAAGAACGUCUGAAGAACGUCACAUUGGGGCGAACUAUGGAUUGGAAUGUAACGAAGAGGGUGAGCGGUUUUCUGAGUUUAUCAUGGCACCAAGACCACCUAUGGUAACUCGCAGUUCCAAAAGCCCCAACCUCAACGCUGGACGUGAGAGUCUCCCAAUGGAGAGUUCCGUAACGAAAUAG